UGCCACUCAGGUCAACACCCAGCGCGAACACCCCUGGUUUUAGAUAGAAAUCAAAAUCCCAAAAACCCAAUACAUCUCUCUCCGCCUCCGCUAUCCCAGUUUCUCUCUAGGGUUUUUCUCUUUCUAAAACCCUUUCGAUUCUCAGAUAUCUUACAUGGCUACUGGGUGUGCUCCUGCGGAGAAAGCUGCAGAUUUGCUCCAGAAGCUAUCACUGGAUCCUCAAGCUAAGACGGAAAAUUCACAGUCCACUAAGCCUAUUGUAGAUUCAGGUAAUGUGCCGAAUGGUCAGAUCCAAUCAUCUGAUCGGUCUUUGACACCGUUGUUACCUGAUCCCAUGGAUCCAACAAUGUGGUAUGCUAAUGGUUAUGCUCCAUAUUAUUACGGAGGGUAUGAUGGGACUGGUAAUGGGUGGGAUGAUUACUCUAAUUACUUGAAGCCGGAUGGAGUCGAUAUGUCACAUGGGGUGUAUGGUGGUUAUGGUUAUGCACCCUACGGUGCUUAUUCACCUGCGGGUACGCCUGUUCCUACACUUGGCCAUGAUGGUCAGCUUUAUGCAGCUCAACAGUACCAGUACCCGGCCUCUUAUUUUCAGCCUGCAGCUGCCCCUGCAAAAGGUGAUAUUUCAACCGCUGCACCCGCCGACCAACCAAUUUUGUCUAUUGAAACUCCUAAAGGGAAGCCUAAUGGCAUUGCAAAUAGUGGUGGUGUAAAAGGAAACAAAGGUUCAACAGCAUUGAAACCGACAUAUCAGAAUUCAUCUUAUAUUAGCUCAUCAUAUAAUGCAAAUAGCUCCAAUGGAACGGGUGUGUUCCCAGGAGGAGUUCCAGCUUCUGGAUAUGUUUAUGAUGCCUCACGAUCUUCUGUCCCUUGGUUUGAUGGUUCAGUCUACUCCAAUGGAAAGACCGGUCCAUUGAGUAGCACUUCCUUUAACCAAUAUACGUCCAAUGGGAAUGGUGUACCAGUGUCUAAGAAUCAGAAUGCUCGUCCUCAUCACCAGUUCACGGGAUAUAACAAUCGAAGACCAUUAUCUGGUCUUAAUUCAGGGAAUGGUUAUGUGAACAGGAUGUAUUCGAACAAGUUCUACAACCAGAAUGGUAUCUCUUACAGAUCUGGUUUUUAUGGGUCUAAUGGUUAUGAUUCCCGGACUAUGGGAAGUGGGUGGUUCUCUGUUGAUAACAAGUACAAACCCAGGGGACGAGGCAAUGGUUGUGCGAAUUACGGAAAUGGGAAUGUUGACGGAUUAAAUGAACUGAACAGGGGCCCAAGAGCAAAGAGCUUCAAGAAUCAAAAAGGUGCUGUUCCUGCUUCUGUAGCUGUAAAGGGACAGGACAACCUUGUCACGGGGACCAAUGGAAGUACUGAGGACAGUAGGGUGGAUAAAGAGAACGGACAAUACAACAGAGCUGAUUUUCCUAUAACAUAUGCUGAUGCCAAGUUUUUCAUUAUAAAGUCUUACAGUGAAGACGAUGUUCAUAAGAGUGUCAAGUACAAUGUGUGGUCAAGUACACAAAAUGGAAACAAGAAGCUUGAUGCAGCGUACCAUGAAGCGCAGCAGAAUUCUGGCCACUGCCCCGUCUUUCUGCUUUUCUCAGUUAAUACUAGUGGACAAUUUGUUGGUGUUGCGGAGAUGUCAGGGCCAGUUGAUUUUGACAAGAUUCUUGAGUAUUGGCAACAAGACAAGUGGGUUGGCUGUUUCCCGGUAAAGUGGCACAUUGUGAAGGAUGUGCCUAACAGUUUGUUGAAGCACAUUACCCUUGAGAACAAUGAGAACAAACCUGUAACCAACAGCAGGGAUACCCAAGAGGUAAAAUUGGAGCAGGGACUUCAAUUGCUCAAAAUAUUUCAGGAUUAUACCAGUGCGCAAUCCGUACUGGAUGAUUUUGAUUUCUACGAGGACCGUCAAAAGAAGAUCCAGGAUAGAAAAGCUAAGCAACAGUUGAUUCAGAAACAGUUGUCGGAAGGAAAGCCUACUGAUGAGUCUGCCAAAGAGGGCUCAAAUGUAGAAGUGACUACUGAGAAGUCGGUAGAUGUUCCUUCAAACUUAACAAAAAAUGCAACCCGGGCUGUUUUCGCUAAAGGGGAUGCAAAUGUGUUGGAAAAUGUUGCAACUGUUGAAGCUCAAGAGGUUAGUAAACCAGUAACAGUGACAGCAAAGGAAUUGGUGUCUAAUGGGGUUGCCAACGGUUGCUAAAUUUGCAAUGCACAGGGAUGGUCAGGCUACAUUACUGAAGUAAUUGCUGAACUUGCUGUUUCUAUAAGAUUACAUUUUGUAGUCUGGUGUCUUUGUAACCUUCUGAUUUUGCAACAUAUACAGUGUGCAAGAAGUCGGUGAAAGUAUGGUUUUUGUGUUGUAGGCAGAUUUAUGAUACAUCGUCAAGACUCAGUACAAGUCUCAUUUCUCUAUUAUUUUCUUUUUUUUUUAUAGAAAAGAUCGUCUUUGUUACAGACCAAUUUGAUUUCAUUUUGGAGUUUCUUUAGUCUCAAUGUGGUGCUGUUGCUUCAA